GUUUCAGUGACAAGUUAAUCUAAGAGUUAACAAUAUGUUUAUUUCGAUCAUAACCUGCCUGUUGUUAUCUCCGGCAAUAUUUGGUUAUGAUGAGAAAUAUAACAAUGUGGAUGUGGAUAAAAUAAUCUCUGACGACACUCUGUUACUUAACUACAUCAAUUGUUUCCUUGAUAAGGGUCCUUGUGACAGCGACUUUGCGCAGGAUUAUCGAGAUAUGCUACCGGAAGUGAUCGCUACAGCUUGCGGUAAAUGUACAGAUAUUCAAAAAAAGAACGUCCGAAAAAUCAUCACUGUAAUAUUCGAGAAAAAAACAGUAUUAGCGGCCGAACUCCAGGCGAAAUAUGAUCCUGAGAGUAAAUAUCAAGAUAAAAUUGCCGCGUUGAUGAAGGACGACUAAUGACGGUUGUUAUGGGAUAGAAUCUUCUUUUGUGUAAAGAAAUUCGUACUUUUAAAUAUUGCAGCUGCAACUA